AAGGUCCACCAUGCCUAUCUCCGAAACUAAGUGCACGUUAGACAACGGAGUGACCGGUGCGUGAAGGGGACGAGGGACGGGUGCGCAUGCCGCCCCGCGCAGUGCAUUUUCUAGAGCCGGCAAGAGUGUACGCGCAAGUGGUGCGAAAAUUACACAAUGCGGAAUUAUAAAAAAACCACUGAGCGUGGUACGAAGUCCGUUGAGCUGAUGAAGCGAGCGGCUGAUUUAGUCGCAAAUGAAGAUAAAUCAAUAAGGCAAGUUUGUCGUGACUAUGAGAUUAGCAGAACUUCAUUGAAGAGAUUCAUGGCGCGGUUAAAGGAAAAUCCGGAGUCGCCAAAAUUUGGCUACGGCACUCCCAGAUUAGUGUUUAACCAAGAACAAGAAACUUCUCUCUGCGAGUAUUUACUGACACUUGCACAAAUCUUUCACGGUAUAGGCCCUAAAGAUGUUCGUCGCUUGGCUUAUGAAUGCGCUGUAAAAUAUAAUUUGAAGAUUCCUGAGGUAUGGCACACAAAUAAGAUGGCUGGAAAGGACUGGCUGACGGGAUUCUUGUCAAGGAAUGACCGUCUCUCUAUCAGGAAGCCAGAGGCUACUAGUUUGAGCAGGGCCACCUCUUUCAAUCGAACGAACGUUUGUGAAUAUUUUGAUAAAUUGGCACACGUGAUGGAUCGUCACAAAUUCAGAGGUUCGUCUAUAUGGAAUGCUGAUGAGACUGGUGUCUCGACUGUAAAUAAACCUUCAAAAAUAAUUGCAGCCAAAGGGAAAAGAAACGUCGGGUCUGUCACAUCUGCUGAAAGAGGAACUAAUGUAACAUUGUUGGUAGCUGUUUCGGCAACUGGAUCUUCGAUACCUCCAAUGUUCGUAUUUCCAAGAAAGAAAUACCAAGAUCAUUUCGUGCGAGAUGGGCCAGCAGAAUGUAUUGGUGCAGGAAAUGCAAGCGGCUGGAUGACUGAUACGGAAUUCUUGCUUUUUAUGAAACAUUUCAUCACUUAUGUGAAGCCAACUAAAGAGUCGCCAGUUUUGCUUUUACUAGACAAUCACAGUUCGCACUUGUCAGUGGAAGUGUUGGAUCUAGCGAAAAAUAAUGGAGUAGUGAUGCUGUCGUAUCCUCCUCAUUGUUCCCAUAAGCUGCAGCCCUUAGACGUGUCUGUUUUCGGGCCGUUUAAAAGGUAUUUAUCGUCAGCACAAGAUUCAUGGAUGCGUGGCCACCCAGGAAAAACAAUGAGCAUUUACGAUAUCCCAGGCAUCGUCCGAACAGCUUUACCUUUGGCACUGACUCCCAACAACAUCUCGAAAGGGUUUCAAAAAGCUGGGGUUUACCCGUUCAACCGGGAAGUGUUUGAUGAGUCGGACUUCGCUCCAAGUUUUGUGACAGACCGACCAAAUCCGAACAAUCCAACAACGUCUUCUGUACCUAAUGAGUCACAGCCGCCUAUGUCUACAGAGCCCCAGUUGCCUAUUUCUCCAGGUUCACCAAGUUUGUUAAUUUCUUCGCAGCCCGAAGUUGUAGCAGUUGUUUCAGCAAGUAUAUCUCCUGUAUCUCCUUCUCAGUUGUCUACAGUAGGGCCUCAGUUGCCUACCGUCUCAGUUUUGCUGUCCUCAAGUGACCUAAUGUUGUCUUCUACAGCUGCUGUUGAAAAAGAUUGUCUGCCAUUAAGGUCCUGUACAGUUCCAUCUUCAAACAUUGAGCCUCAACCAUCUACGUCAGCUUCAUCCUUGUUUGCUCAGCCAUCAAUAUUUUCUCCGGAAUCCAUCAGGCCUUUCCCUCAGGCAGGACCGCGUAAUGUUACCAGCAGGAAACGACGAAAGGCAGCUAUAUUAACAGACACACCUGAAAAGGAAGCGUUGUCUUUGGAACAAGAAAAUAAAAAGAAGAAGAAAAUGGUCUCUCGUAAAAAAGCUGUCUCGAAGAAAAAUAAACAAGUGAAAAAAAAGAUUUUACAAGAAAAAGAUACAAAUAAAAAUAAACAAGUGAAAAGAAAGAUUAUACAAGAAAAAGAUACGAGUUCGAGUUCUGAAGAAGAAGAAUGUCUUUGUCUGGAAUGCUGCGAGUCAUUUGCUGACAGUGUUGCAGGAGAAGGCUGGAUUCAAUGUAAUACCUGUAAAGGUUGGGCCCACGAUAAGUGUGCCAAACAUCACUCAUCAUCUCUUGCAUACGAAUGUAAGAAUUGUCAGUCUGAUGAAGAUUAGUUAUUAGUUUUUUGUUGAAAAUACUUAUUUUUUUAAAUUGUUUAAGUUGCUAAAGAUGUUACCGAUUUCUUUUAUGAAUAUGUACGAUUUUGAGAUACUACAAUUGUUUUAAGAUGUUACCUUUAUCAAGAUCAAAAAGACCAAAGACCUAAAGAUUUGUUAUUAAGACUGAUUAUAACUGUGCCUUAUAAUUAUAUAACUUAGUUACCAGUGCAAAAUAGGUCGCAACAUAU